AUGCUUCAAUUACGUAGUGAAAAUGAACAAUUCAGUUCAUUGCCAAGUCUUCGUGUACUUGACCAUCCGCGUCUCAGUAUUAUCACGACUGAUCGUCCAGAUUCAUCACAACUUGUUGAUUUACAUGUUUAUAUUGUUCCGAAAAAUGUUUGGAAAGAUGGUCAACGUUUAGCACAAAACGAAGCAAUGGAUGACGCUAUAUCGGCUGGCUUUGUUCGAGUUUCACCAAAUAUGACGAUUCGUGAGCUUCGCCGACCGAUUGAAACCCUAUGUGGCAAGGAAAGUUAUUUUCCACGUGAUUUUAUUUAUCUUCGAUCGGUUGGAAGAUGUUUGACAAAAGUCAAAGCUAAACAAGAAGAUGAACUAAGAGUGAAGAACUAUCGGCCACCACAGACAUUUGCACCAGAGAUUUAUUUACUUGACGGUCGUCAAGAGGAUCACGCGCCGAACAGAAGUGUUUCACCAGUGUCGACAUCACCUUGCGAUGUAUGCGGUAAUCAUGAUGGACAUCGUGCGGAUCAUGAAAAACAUUCUCGACACAGAGAGCCAAAGUCUGAUCCUGAUGAUAAUCGUCCUGAGUACGGAAACCAGCGUUUACCCUUUGCGGAUCGUGAUCGAUCACCAACACGAAUUUCACCAAAUUAUUAUCAAAAACCAAUGCGUGGCGGAAAACAGUAUGCACCAUUAACAGCCUCUCAUGAAUUAUUCUCGAAUAAUCCUCCCAAAGAAAAGAACAAUCGAUCGAAAUACGGACAAUUCGGUUCAGAUCCCGAAGAAUCCAUAUCAAUUUUAUCUGAUGUCAGCGGCACACCAUCGAGUAAUUUACCGAAAUUAAAAGAAGAACAAGAACGUCUUCGUCGACGUCAAGCGGAGUUAGAAAGGAUGCGUCGAGCCGCAGAAGAAAAACGUGCGCGUUCUCAACGUAGCGAAGGUGAACAUUCACGAUCAGAUGAAGAUGAAAACGAUACGAAAAAACCACAAGGAUCAUUUCGUGGCGUUAAAGAUCGUCCAAACCUCUCCGAACAAAGAAGACAUACGUACAAAUUCGAUCCUCCGAAAAGAAUCGAAGAAGAAGAAGAUGAGAAUAAAAAGCUCCCAGUCAAGAAACCAGCAACGUAUCAAAACUCUCGUCGGCAAACAUUUCCAAUGCCAGCAUCUAUAUUAGUCAAACAUGAUAAUCCGAAGACAAUCAAUGUCAAACGACCAAAACCGACUGGCAACGAUAAUGAUUACGAAAACACGCGAAAUGACAUCUCGCCUUUAUCGAGUGAAGGUAGUAACAGUAGUGAUUCAAUCAUAACACCAACAUUAUCAACGGAAAAGCCAGCGAACCCGUCGGCUAAAAUCGACGAAUUCAUCGAGCCACUCGUGCUCACACCUGAUCCGCCUGUACAACGACCGAUAGAUAACCGAGCACAUCAUAAUAUUGUGCAAUCGGUUCCGCAGAAAUCGUCAACGACACCUCCGUCAAAACCGACAUCUGGAACCAGUGCUGAAGAGAGAAAAAUCCACGAGGAAAUUGAUACGGAACGUCGUAACGCCGAAAUGAAGCGUCGUCGACAAAUGGAAGAAGACGAAGAGAAAAAAAAAGAAAAACAGUUAUCUGACCAACGACGAAAAGAUCCAUUCAAAGGCACCAAUGAUGAUCCCAAUGCCCUACGUGCUCGUCAUCAAGAAAUUUAUAAUCGUCGGAUGGAUUUGGAAAAGGUUCGCGAGGAAGUGAUCAAACAUUUGAAAAAUAUUCACAAUCGGAUAACCUUGCGACGUAAAGAAGCACGUGAUAUGUGGAAGAAAAAAUAUUUCAAUGAAAAGAAGAAACAUCCACCUUUGGAAGAACGUAUCAACAUGUUACGUAAUGAAUUAGAUCAAAUGCAUAAGAAAACUGUUCAAACAAUGGAAGCAGAAGCGAAAUAUGCAGCACAAAUGGGUUAUACGAAAGAAGCUGCAAAUGGAAACUCCGUCGCACAAGUCACACGUAUGAAUUAUGAAAUUCAAGAUAUUCGCCAUCAACUAGAACAAGCUAAAUUACGACUAACCACGGAUGUUAAAUUACGAAAUCAAGCCGAAAACGAAUGUCGAACAUUAAGACACGAAUUAAAUCAAGCGAAAGCGAACUUAAAUGAUAUUAAAUCUCGUGCCGGACCUUAG